AUGGAAAAUGAGGAUGAUGAAAAUUCAGUUGAAAUCAUUCCAGAAUUGGAUGAUUAUGUCCUAUCAAGGGAUAAAGUGAGGAGAGAAAUUAAACCUCCCACAAGGUAUGCCCAUGCUGAUAUAAUUGCUUAUGCUCUUAAUAUUGGAGAUUCAAUAGAGCAUGAAGAACCUGUUAGUUAUCAAGAAGCUUGUUCCAGUAAUUAUAAAACUAAUUGGUUAAAGGCAAUAAAGGAAGAGAUGGAAUCUCUUCAAAAGAAUAAAACAUGGAUUGUUGUAAAUAAACCUAAAGAUCAAAAGGUUAUAGGCUGUAAAUGGAUAUUCAAAAGAAAGCCAGGUAUCCCAAGUGUAGAACCAGCCAGAUUUAAGGCUAGGGUAGUUGCCAAGGGUUUUUCCCAAAGAGAAGGCAUAGACUACUAUAAAGUGUUCUGCCCUGUAGUAAAGCAUUCCUCUAUAAGAAGGAUUCCAAGUCAAGAUCUCACACAAUUUGAUGAACCAAUUCAUGACAAUUUCCCUGAUGAGCAACUGUUUAAAGUGAAUGUUAUUCGUGCAUCAUUUGUUGUCCCUUGGUAUGCCGACAUUGCGAACUACCUGGCAACUGGUCUGAUCCCAGACCAUUGGAGUAAGCAAGAUAGGCAUAAAUUCUUCAGAAAAGUCAGAACCUUCUUUUGGGAUGAGCCCUACCUCUUCAAGUAUUGUCCUGACCAAAUCAUCCGUAGAUGCAUACCCGAUCAUGAGCAACAAAGUGUCAUUAAUUUCAGUCAUACUCUUGCAUGUGGAGGCCAUUUUUCUGUCAAGAAAACAGUUGCAAAAAUUUUUCAGAGUGGAUUUUAUUGGCCGACACUGUUCAAGGAUGUGUACAAGUUCUGUUCAAAUUGCGAUCGAUGUCAAAGGUUAGGAAGUCUGUCAAGGAGAAACAUGAUGCCAUUACAUCCGAUCCAAGUGUUAGAAGUUUUUGACUGUUGGGGUAUGGAUUUUAUGGGCCCAUUUGUCAAUUCAUUUGGUCAUGAAUAUAUCUUACUUGCUGUUGACUAUGUGUCCAAAUGGGUAGAAGCAAUUCCUGUAGUUAAGUUUGAGCAGGCUUUAGAUUUGGUCAAUAUUCUUCUAACGUAG